AAUAACAAUCAGAAUCGUAUCGCUAGUGGCCCUUGAAUGUUGCUACUAGUCCAGACUUUAUUCAAUAUGUGUCAAAGUGCAUAAAUUAUCUGCUAAUAAUUAAUAAUGGAAAUGAUUCCAAGUACCGGUAUAGGAUUAACCUUCACGAACAAUGAUUAAUUGUUACUUAAUAACAAUGAAAACAAUGAAAAUCGUAUGAAAGAUAGUCCCUGAAUGUUGCUAGUGAUCUAUACUUGAUAUCACAAUAGCGAAAGUGCAUGAAUUAUCCCUGGAAAGUCAGAAAAUUAUUGACAAUGUCUACUAACGUUCGGUGGAGUGUCGCUAUCCUUGUCUUUCAUGUAGUUCUCUCUCUGUUUCCAUCGCACUCACUCUUUCCUUGUUUUUCAUGUUCCUUUCUCUCUCUUUCGCACACUCGCUCUAUCCUUGUCUUACAUAUUCCUUUCUCUUUCCUACACACGCACUCGAGCUACGGAUGUUCGGCUGCUAGAUGGCGAGUCGGUCAAGCGUAUUGCGUUUUGCGUUUUACGUUUUUAUUUGAAGUGUUAAUGGUUGUUUCAAAAAUGCUGGAGGUGCUUGGAAGUAGUGGUUCGGGAGGUGAUUUGAAACUUUCACCUUAGCGAAAAUGUUGUCUGAGGCUUCGUUAAGCAGAUAUUAACAGAAAACCCCGACCAAUCAGACCGCGAGUAUGCCGGUGCAGCGUGGCCUAUACUACUGCGGCCGUCUGGAAAAGUUCAGCGAACCCUGUUGCAGAUCGAGUAGUUCCAGUCUUUCUUUCGUGUGUCGCAGAUAGAGGCAGGAAACCAUUCCCCAUCCCAGCAAGCUUAAGUGCAGUCAGGUGCACCGCUCAAGUCAUAGUACUUUUGCAUCCAGCUUCUCGUACCACUAGUUAUGACCGAUGGUUACCGAUCACGUCGAUGAUAGGCAUCAUUUACAUAUCGACACGCCUGGGUUCAUCAUGGAUUACACGUCGAACAUCGCCGCGGUCUUCUAAUCUUCUACCGACGGGGAACCGAUCCCGAUCCGCGUCACGUGCGCGCGUGUGCCAUCCGCGCGUCUGCCGGCGACCGAUCGCCGCUCGCGUGGUUCCGUCGCGAGUUAGUGUGUGUUCUCAGUGUGUGACCUCCCAUGCCGGGAAAACGUGACGAUCCGGCGCAAGUGACACGCUCCGAGGUUCGAGGGGUCGACGAUCAGCAGCCUUAAUCCGGGCCUGGGUAUCGACUUUAUCCGCUCGUACGUGGUCCAGAUCACGCUCAGAUAUGCCGCCGGCCGGUAAUGAAGGACUGUGACAACCUGGCGGACGGCUCGGAGCGUGACUCCCCUUGGAGCUGUGGGGGUGGCAGCGGCAGUGGCCGCAGACCCCUCACCUCCAUUAUCGAGCACCUACGCACCUCCAAAAGCAGACUUCAUAAUGGUUCGGAGAAGAACGGAUUCCCCGAUGGCGGUGGUCCUUACGCGUAUCAAUUCGGUGAGGUGUCAGGUGAAAACGUGUCCGCGGGUUCUGGACCACGUGGAGGCGAUCGCGAAGAGGCGACUGACUUAGACACACACACGGAAAACAACGACGGGGCCACCCUGGCCGCCAACACAGCGGUCGACGCUAGGGGCGGAAGCCCCCAAGGUGCCCACCUCUCUGGUGCAACUACCCCUAGGCCACCUAGGAGUCGGAGGCGGCAGAAUCAGAAUGGUCUCAACACUACUCAAGUCAAAACAGAGCGCCUCACGCCAGACAAUAAUUCAACGUCUUCGAGAAGCGUGACGCCGUCGUCGUCUAGCCAUCCAGGAACGCCGCCAAAUGCUACCCCUUUGGGUGGACCUGAGGGCCCACCACCACCCUACCACCUCAAGCACAUGGAGCAGAUGAUGGAACAAAACUGUAGCGAUUUCAUGAGAAGGCUUGCUGCCAAGUACAAUAACGCCAACCCUAACGAUUACUUCAGUUCACCUAGGAACGGCUACCCUCCCGGUUUAGAUCCAAGGUUUCCGGCGUUUAAAACGGCCGCGACGCCCUUCGUCGGUUUGAUGGCGCCUCUGGGUGCACCUCAACCAUCGACUGUACCAACCACCUCACCUCUUUCUAGCAAAGACCCGAAGGAACAGAAGCAAGACAGUCUCUUCGGCAACCCGGUGUUUCCGCCUAUGCUCGAUAUGUCGUCGACGCAGGCUCUCUUGCACAUGGUGAGGACUGCGAACGCCGCGCAGAAUGCAGCUGAACUGGAAACCUACCUUAAAGGUGCAAACAAAAGAGACGCCGGGGUGACGAGUCCCCUGGACCUGUCGACUCCAGGAGGAUUCGCUCCUCGCAAGAGGCAGCGAGCGGAGACCAGGAGACCUGGAAGCGUAUCGCCUAAACCGAAGGCAACCCCAAGGCCCACAACACCACCCCCGGUUAGGUGUCCGUCUCUCUGCGGUCACAUGCCCUGCGGCGACGGCCAAGCUGUGAAUCGAUGGACCAUCGAGGAUGUCGUCAACUACGUGUCAUCGAUAGAUAGCUGCGCGGAGUACGCACAGAACUUCCGCGAGCAUCGCAUCGACGGUGCAGCGUUGCCGCUUCUCUCCGAGGACCACCUGACGGGCCCCAUGGGGAUGAAGCUGGGCCCGGCCCUGAAGCUGCGGGCCCUCCUGGCCCGAAAGCUCGGAGCCUGCACGGUGUGCUUGCAUUGCGCCCACUGUCAUCAGUCACCUCUCCCAGCGCUGACCGCGGCCGCAGCGGCGGCAGCGGUGUCGCAGCAGCAACACCAGCAACAGCAACAGCAACAACAGAUCCCUGGCAGACGACCGAGCAGCACGGGCAACUGACACAUGAUGGCGGGGCCUCCACUGGUCUUGCAGGGCGCAUCGACGUUCUCUUCGGACCCGAACAGGGCCCUCAGGAUAGAACGACGCGUGCAACGUCCGAUUCGCAAGCCGGAAGUCAUCUUCAAGAAACCAAUCAAGCAGUGACGCUGCACCUGUGUGGCCGUCACCGCGGACGCUAGUGUUUUGGAGACUCCGCCUAUUGUUUAAGUGUUCGUUUGGGACAUCGUUCGUGGGGGACACGAGUAAAAAGAUAGGGAAACGAUGAGGAAGGAGACGGGAUCUUUCUGAUAGUUGCAAUCGAGUACCUGGAGAAAGUGCUGCGAAGGAUCCUUGAAACACACGAGAAGGGUUACGUAAUGCGAACAUUUGUGUUAUAGACUGUGCUGCCUUAUUAAUUCGAGAUGGGGUUAGCUGGCCUUUCUAUACUUCUAUCUUCUUGGAAUAGUUUCGAGUGGUCUUGAAUAGUCUAGUAUGUUCAGUGGAAUGACCUUUUAAGUCUUCCAGCUCCAGGGAUGCUUCUCACCCUAUCUUCCAAAACUACCCACGAGAUUAUCAACUCGAUUAUGUUCAACCUUUAUCACUUCAAAACUUUUACAGCUCACUGUCAGUUGGAGUUACAAGGGUUCAAGUAGGGAAAUACAAUUGGCGUUGAAUAUCGACAUUUAUUUUGUUCUCCGGACCUAGACUGAACUUUCCUGGCUGUGUCUGUGGGUACUCCUCGUUAAAAAUGGCGUCAUUGCUGAGAAAUUUGGAGUUAUAAGGGUUCAAGUAGGCAAAUACAGUUGGAUUGAAUAUCGACAUUUAUUUUGUUCUCCGGACCUAGACUGAACUUUCUUGGCUGUGUCUGUGGGUACUCCUCGUUAAAAAUGGCGUCAUUGCUGAGAAAUUUGGAGUUAUAAGGGUUCAAGUAGGCAAAUACAGUUGGAUUGAAUAUCGACAUUUAUUUUGUUCUCUGGAUCUAGACUGAACUUUCCUGGCUGUGUCUGUGGGUACUCCUCGUUAAAAAUGGCGUCGUUGCUGAGAAAUUAUAUAUAGAGCAUAUUGUGAACCUGAACACCUAGACUGCGCAAAAAUUAUUAUUGCACAUCCAAGAAAUACUAUCGUUCAAAUUAACGCCAGGGCCAGCUACCAACACGAAAUCAUUAUAAAACAUGUUCCCAAACGAGUGUUCGCAUUAUCUUCCCCAACCCCUGCCGGUGGCAAUACGUGACUUCGGCGCGUUGUACUUAGACACCCGGGUAUGUUAGAAUCAAGUCCACGGUUACUGACCUUGAAAAGGAAUCCAGAGUCGAAGACUCGCUCAAUCCUCGACGCUACUCUCGCCUACUCACGGAACUUGUUGCAUUGGCUCGUACCUAUCCAGCUGCACGGGUGCGAACCAAGGACAAUAAUAUUUAAAAGUUCGUUGCGCCGCGAGGAAAGCGAUCGAUAUUUUUCAAGCAAGCUCCGAAGUACGUGGAAGCUGGUACCAGUUGUGAUUAACUCCGACGACGUUCUAGACGAUCGGCGGAUACUCGGUGCCUGAAACGAGUGUAUUCGCAAACCGAUUUAGAUUUCGUUUAAGAAGCGGCUGCCGGCGAUACAGGUCCGGCGCGGAUGUUGUCAGCCUGACGUACAAGGUUGAGAAUUGAGUAUCCGUAAUUGAGAAUCCGUGUUCUACGUUGAAUCGAACACGUUGGCUGACGUUGACAGACUUGUAUCACCGGUCGGGCUUCUGGAUCUCGGCGAGACGAGGCUUUCUUUCAUUCUCUUUAGCCGGGAGGAAGCGGAGGGUAACUAACAAAUGUUAACGUUGUUGCGUUGCCGCGGAAUCCGGUUAUGAAUUAGAAAUAGACACGCGAUCGCAGCGAAGAUGCCUGGAUCUGUAUAAUAACCGAAUUAAUUGGCUCUAACGUUCGCGGCAGAAAAGAAACGAUAUCGUGCGCCUGCGGGCUAAUUCAAAUUACAUCCUCCUCGUUGAAGAACCGUACGCCAGUCCAAUUAACCGGAAUUACGCCUUCGAUUGCUCGACAAUAAUUACAGUAACACCUUGUAUAGAAUGCUUAAAAAUUGAGACAGCUGAUUAUCAAUAAGCGAAGCACGAGAAUCGUUUCGUUGCGAUAGGUUGAACUUUAAUGGCUUGGUUGGAAAGGGUUGUUAACAGGAUGUAGCGAAAUGGAGAUCGAGCUGAAGAGACAUGUGGUGGCGGAAGUUCUUGGUCAUAGAAUUUUAUCAAUAUUCGAUACACUACUGUAACUUGUUGUGGUGUAUAGACAAUCAAUAAUUACAGUAGUGCCUUGUAUGUAAUGCUUACAAAUUGAGACAGCUGAUUAUCAAUAAGUGAAGCACGAGAAUCGUUUCGUUGCAAUGGCUCGAUCAAUAAAAUAUAGUUAACGGGAUGUAGUGAAAUGGAGAUCGAAUUGAAGAGACAUGUGGUGGGGGAAGUUCUUGGGCAUGGAAUUUUAUCAAUAUUCGAGGCACUACUGUAACUUGUUGUAGUGUAUAGACAGUCAAUAAUUACAGUGGUGCCUUUAGUAAUGCUUAAAAAACGAAACAGCUGAUUAUUUAUCAAUAUGUGAAGCACCAGUAGAGAAUCGUUUCGUUACAUCUUGUCAAUAUUCAAGGUAUUACUGUGACAUAUCGCGAUGCAUUGACGCGUCCAUUUCGUAUUCCUAAUUAUCGAUUUGGUAAAGUUAAAUGGAAUUGUUGGAAAAAAGAAUGUUUUACGAAGGUAAUCCUAGGGAUGCUGGUUAUGGUUGUUCAACUACGAUACACGUAUUGCGGAGGAAGUAUUAUCGAAGAUCAACGAAACGAGUGCCUAUAUCCAGAAAGUCUUCCAAAGGCUGGCCUUUCUUAGAGAAUACCAUUAUCGAACGAGUCGAUGAUUUUUGUGAUCCACAAAAUCAGGGUUGAAAUCAGCCCUGCUGAUUUACUGGUACCUUUUGCCUGAGAACAGUUUCACGGCGACAAAGGCUGGAAAUUAUUCGAACCUUUCCAUGUGGCACGUUUCGUUCAUGAAAAUGAAAUUAGUAAUACGAAAACAAGUGAAAUAAGUAUCUCCUGUUGUUCAUAUGAAAAUUCUUUCAAGCGUUGAUGUUUGUUUAAAUUAAUAUUUGUUCUUUAAUUUCUGCGUUAAUGAUCUGUAACCAAGAUCAAUCACGUUGAAUUUAAUUGCUUUAAAAUUGUUCAUUUUCCACUCACCAGCAGAUGCAUUUUGUAUUCGAAAGUGAGUAAAAUUCUAUUCGAAUAAUAUAUCACAAAUAAGACCAACUUAUAGAUUUAUUUACGAGAUUUACUCAGUUACAUAAUAAUAUUCAAUAAUAAAUAAACGUGCAAGGCGGUUUAUUUUUAUUUUCAUUUGUGUUCGAAGAGUUUCAGUUGUUAACGCAGAUUCUAAUUUCGAUUAAACGAAUAAUGGACGAAAAGUUUUCGUGCUCUAUUCGUUAUUCGAAAUUUGUAUCGAGUUUCUAAAAUACUCUAUGCGACCAUAAUUUUUUAAUUUUUAAGAAUUAAACCCAUUUAGUUUCCCACGAUAUAAAAGUACUUCCUAUUUAAAUACUUAAUGACAUCAAUUAUGAAUAAUUAGCCAGUGAAUUAGUCACAGGAAAGUCGAAUAAUUUCACGAACCCAACACUGACAGUGGUAAACCGAAAAAAUUACCAUUACCGAUCGUCGUGAAAUGAAACUGAUGGAGAUCAAAUUAAGGAGAAAGUAUGCUAAACAUACCGGAGUGUAUCUAUUAAAUAAUUGUUGUUUGCGUGCGAAGAGAUUGAAUGAGAGAACGAUCGUGCAGAAGGGAGAGAAAGAUGAAAAAGAGACAACAUUUUAUUAGAGAAAAAUUAAUGUGCAAUAAAGGAACGUUUCGACACGGUACUUUUAACUAUGAUAGGAGAUACGUAUUUGCUCAAAUCGUUGUUUCUUUUAUAUAUUUUAACGAAGUUUUUAUAUGAAUGAAUUAUAAUGAUAAAUAUACUAAAUUAUAUUUUUGCUAGCGUUCUACGUGCAAAAAGGAGUGAACUCCGCACACGUAUAUACAUUCAUAAACCGUACGAAAACAAGAAAAAUACAUGUAACCGUACACACACACACGCGCGCGCGCGCGCGCGCAUACACGCAAACACGCAUACACGUUCACGCAUACUCGAUACGUAGCAAACGGCAUAGAUUUACGAGCGACGGACCCGUAAUAUAAAUAGCUUAGAAGAAUUGUAAAUUAACUUUCUUUUUUUUUUUCUUUUUUCUUCUCUGAUUUACAACGUUUGGCGUUUAUUUAUUUAGAAGUAAACCGUUGCCUUAUUGUAUUCACGUAUAACAGUUAAGAUGUAAAAGCGACGUCCUAGGAGAGAAAUGGUCGGGAGACAAUGUUAGAUUGAAAAAAAGUUGGUAAGUUCGUAAAAAAAAUGAGCAGUAUUUUUAGAUUUACAUUAGCCUGAAUUUACUGCAGACUAUAUACGUUUAUAAUUGUUAUGUACACAGACACUUACACACGCGACGACGCACGCGCGAAACAUCUACACGUGCUACCAGUUUCACGCCUUCUUUAAAUUUUUCUCCGAUACAUAGCAGACUCAGGUAAUUCCAUUUUCAAAGUCGCUAAUAUUCCUCUCGCGUCAUUUUCCAAUGAAGUAGAGGGAGAAUUAUUUUUUAAUUUUCCCGUCGCAUCGAAAUCGAAUUUAAUCGAGAUUCAAACGAAUCGGCUGACGUUCCAUUGUUAUUAUAUCCUGCAUUCGCGUGCACGAUUUUGUUUAUUAAAAAAUAGAGAUUCAGCAACGAGAGAAAUGUCCAGCAAUUAAUUACGGAGAUCAAUGUUUGAACGGAAACUGGGAGGUCACGCGCGGACAUUAAUCGAGCAAGCGGCUUUUACUUAAACCGAGAUCACUGUACAUAAUGCUUGAGCAUUUAUUUAUAUCAUGCUUUCACAAGAGGACCCGUAGUAUUUUAUUUAGUUUCGUAGCCGGGGUUCACGCGCACCAUUUACCGCGUCGCACGACAUCAUUACAUUAUCGAGCAGCAGGAUCGCUCGUACGGAACAAGAGAGUGAGAAGAAAUCGGAUAGAAUGCGUGUGUAUGUGUGCGAAGAGGAAUUAAGAGAUAAAAGGUGAGAAAGAGAGAGAGAGAGUAUUUUACAAGACGAGAAAAAUAUAAGAGAGAAAAGUAGCGUGAAAUUAUUUAAAGGAAAUAUAAGAG